AUGUAUAAACAUCGUCAGCGUUUACAUCGUGCCGAAUGGGAGGCUGAUCGUAAGAAGCCAAUUCCUCCUAAUAUUAUGGGUCAAGCUAAGCAAGGCAGCAAAUUAGUAAAACUAAAACGAUCAACAGUCAACAACAUCGCCGUUAUAACACAAUUUCCUAAUACUGAUAUAUUACAAUUUAAGCCUCCUUCUGAAAGUGAUGAAAAUGCAUUAACAAAUACAUUACCGACGGAUCGUAAAUUGCAGCAACAUUUAAAAAAUGAUCAUGAUCCACAAAAACUAUUUAUAUGUGAUAAGUGCGGUAAAAUUUUUAAAAAUAGUUACAAUUUAAGAAAACAUAAUGACAUGGAGCAUACCGAAAGGAAAUUUACGCCGGAACCGCAACAAUGCAAGCUUUGUGGUACAUGGUAUCGUCAUUUGGCUGGUUUGAAAACGCACAUGAAAAACAUCCAUGAGAAUACAAGCAAUGAACAUCGUUGUAAUAUAUGCAGUAAAGUAUCAACUACUGAGAGAGCUCUAAAGCGUCAUAUAUACUUGAAUCAUAAGUGUAUCCGAAAAUUCAAAUGUAGCAUGUGUUCGAAAGCUUUUAAGCGUGGCCAAGAUUUAAGGGAACACAUUUCAGUACAUACGGGUGAGGCGUUGUACACUUGCCCCAAUUGUCCAAUGACUUUUGCGUCCAGUGCCAAUAUGUAUAAACAUCGGCAACGUUUGCACAAAACUGAAUAUGAAGCAGAUCGUCAACAAGCCAUUCCUCCGAAUAUCAUAAAACAAGCAAAGACUGGUACAAGCAAAGUUCGUUCUUUUGGUGUAUCUAAUGCUUUUGCAAAUCCGCAGAUAGUAAUAAAUUAGUUUUUACUAUGACACUACAUUGAAAAGUUAUAGUAUACAAUAAAUCCGGUGAGACUAAAACGAAAUUUCAAAUUAUAUAUUGUAGGCGUAAAAGGGAAUUACUGAAAGAUAAAGCGGGCGGUAAACACGAACGUAAAAGUUCAGCACCUAUGUCAAAUUUCUUUAAAUUAAGUUUCUCGACUUCUUCUUCUUCGCCGACACAACAUAAUAACAGAAACUUAAAGGCAGGGGGCGGCAAAGGUAAGAAGUUACUUGGAUCUCCCUUGCUACAUCGUAUUAUGUUCGGCCAUCAUCAUGAUGACAGUAGUAAAUUUGAAACCCUUUAUUUAAUUGUAUGAAAAAACAGUAACUUGUUUACAUAUAAUUUUUGCUUAAAUAAAAUUGGAAUAGCAA